GUUCUGACACUGUGCAUGGCGACCACUGCUCUUCGAAUCAACAGGGCGCAGGGGAGCUCGCGGGGAAUACAAAAGUCCCCGAGUCCAUCACCCAGUCUCGAGAUGAAGACUCACAGGCAUCUACCUCGGAAUCUUCACCUCUGUAGGGUGCUCAUACCGAAACAAGUCUUCAUUGAUUUAGUUCCCUCACCUUUAGUCCCAUAAUGCCACUGGCAUUGGCAGAAGAUCUGACAGGUCAGAUCUUCGGUACGAUAAACGAUUACGUCACAUGUGGUGCAUUCGGAAAUGUUUACAGAUGUGAAUGGAGACGACCGUCGGGCCAUGUCAAGGUCUGGCCCGUAGGCAGUGCCGGCGUAACUUGCUGAUCAGCCUGUUCAUUAUCGCACUGCAGGUCGCAGUAAAAACCUUCCGGCAUCAGAUGGAUUGCACCUCAGAGCAGGGCUUGAGAAGGUUUCGACGAGAAACUGCAAUAUGGGCACACCUCAUCCACGACAAUAUCGUUACGCUUUACGGAACAACAGAAGAUUUUGGGCCAACUACAGCCCUUGUCUCCCAGUGGUUUCCGGACGGCACACUGUUCCGUCUAAUCACAGAACAGGGUGCUACAUUAACCAUUGAGUCCAAAUUGAAGCUGCUUCACGGCAUAGCAUCUGGGCUCUACUAUCUUCACUCUCACUCUUUUACCGUUGUUCACGGUGACAUUACAAGCUCCAACGUUUUGGUAGAUCUCAAGGACGGAGAUUACAAGGCUUGCCUAACGGACUUCGGUUUGUCAAAUGUCCUUUGCGGAUGCUUAAACGACCACCCGGUUGAAGGAUCAUCUAUUCGGCCCGGUGCAAUCAGGUGGGCUGCGCCUGAGUUGCUCAGGCCACAUGAUCCCCUAUCCGAUAUCAAACCGACCACGCAGAACGACAUGUACUCUUUUGGUCGUGUCAUGUAUCAUUUGUUGACUCUAGUCAUUCCUUGGCAUGGUAUCGAUGAGAUCAAAGUCUUUCAAAAAAUUCUUAGCGGAGAGGAAAUCCUGCGUCCUGCGAUAUCCGAUGCGACGUCUGACGUCACAGACGCCCGCUGGAAUCAUAUCGAGCAGUGUUGGUCAAUUGAUCCACCUGGUCGUCCAUGUGCCUUCACGGCUAUGAACUUCGUAAAGGGGGAACUAGAGGCUUUGAAACAAGAUAAUGUCUUUGAUGGCGGGGUACAGGAGUAUCAUCAAAGUUCAUCGGACGCGGAGCGGAUAAUUGCAUCUAUUCCUCCUAGUCGCGGGGCUCCAUCCCAGAUUAUGACAACAGUGAUGUUUCAGUCCUCCUCGCAAACCCUCGUUCUGUCACCAAGCCAAGCUACUCCCUCCUCUCCUUUCACACAUCAUCUCUUCUCUACGGCCUCGACGCUGUCAUUUUCGGGUCCUUUGAAUGUGUUGCUUUUCGGGGAGACUGGAGUUGGAAAAAGUUCCGUUAUCAACUUGAUCAUGGGAGGAGAUGUUGCACAGACAUCGCCAGAUGGAGCAACCUGCACACUCACACAUACCUGCCACAAAAUCGAUCUUGGACCCCACACUUUCAAACUUUGGGAAGUUUCGUCGAUCGAAUCGAUGGGUUUCUUCAAGACCUUUUUCAAAAAAUGGAGCCUGAAAAAGCAAUACAAACGACUGUACAAAGAUGACGGAGUCUACCUUCUCCUGUAUUGUAUGAGGGGAUCUAGGGCUCAGAAAGCACUGCUCAGGGACUAUAAAUUUUCACUGACAUCGUGGGCUCUACCGCCGGGCCAGGCCGCGUACCAGUCGCCGCUGUGCUUACCUCCUUGGAAGAUUAUCCCAGGAACAUGGAUAAUUGGUGGACGAAUAAUAAGGACAAUCUGGAACGCCUCGGAAUGCGGUUCUCCACACACGCUUGUAUCACUUCUCUCCCUGACGAUCCAGAAUCCUCACCCAUAAUGCGCGCACGUCGACAGCGAUCUGAACAAGCCAUUCGCCGUCUUAUUUAUGGGUCCUACGAAGCAGGUACAGAAACACCUCGUAGUUCCAGUCCAGCGUUGACUCGAUGAAAAAAUUCGAGCUUAGUUGUGUAUUACCUCCUUCGGAUAUUUGGGUUCCCCGACGGGUCGCUGUGCGUACGUCACUGUUACAAAAUCGACUCACUUCGUCCUGUCAAUGACCGUUCUGCAUUAUCCUCUGUAUAAUUGGUAUAUACCCUUUAUGCCGCACUGUACUGGUAGUACUUAUCAUGUAUGUGUAGAGUUCGAUACUCACUGGUACUAACGUAAUUGUAUCGACGUUAUGGUUGUUCUCGCGAACCCCGUGACUUGGGU